AUGCCCGAUUUGCCGCCAGAAAGCCUACCACACCUGCGGACACCCGGUGCUCCCUAUGCCAUGCGUUGGUACGGUCUCAAAGCUGAAGAAGGCGACUACAAAACAAAAAACUGCACUCGGCGAUCUGGGUUGGAAGAGUUGUGGGUAUUGCGAUCAGGCGAGGGUCCAGGCAGGGUACAUGGUGAAGAGGAGCCGUCUAUGGAGGCCUUUUCGAUAUAUUGCCGACGCACUGAACCCUCGCCGGAGAAGAGAGAAUCGUCGGCAGGCACCACAGUAUCCCCCUUAUGUGCCGGGGCUAUGGGGCCAGCCGGACCUGGCCAGAGCGAGGGAUUCGGGAUGGGAGAGGUGGUGGAAAGCACAAGCUCCACAGGAGAGCUCGCCGCAGCGUUGAACUCCCUCGAGAAGAUCGCCUGGAUCCGUCUCGACGAUGACACGGUCCGCUUCACCGUGAUCCCAGAGGUGGGAUCACAAGUCUGGGCCUCCCUCUCAGCAGACCUAAUCUUCGACAACUACCAACUCCAAUCCAACGAACCAGCCAACACCAUCAACCUCGAGCUUCCCCUCGCCCCCCUCCAACGAGCCCUCCGCUCCGCCAUCAACUCCCACAACGCCAACCUCCGCCUCACAAAAAAGGACGGCGCCCCGAUGUUAUCGAUGGUAAUCCACACAAUGACCAAAGACUCCGGAGGUCCCAACCCAGCAGCCCCUCAUUCCAGGCCCGCCGCCGACGACGACGACGACAACGACCCCUUCAACAACCCCUCCCCCUUCCCCACCGAACCCCUAGAACUCCAAAUGAGACGAGAACGCGAAAAGAUCAUCACCCAGGACAUCCCCGUCCGCGUCCUGCACCCAGACACAGUAGAAACAAUCAUGCAGCCCAAAGUCCGCGAGCCAGACGUCCACAUCCAACUUCCCCCCCUCCUCCAGCUCAAAGCAAUCUCCGAUCGGUUCACCAAGCUUGCUUUGACUACCGCUUCUCCCUCCUCCUCUUCCCACAACAACAUCGUGACCAAGGACCCAAAGUUGGAGUUAUCAGCUAACAUGCACGGCUCGUUGCGGCUACGGUUGAGAACUGACACGCUGGAUAUAACCUCUGUCUGGGACGGGCUGGAGAACCCUGAGCUGGAUCCUAGUCAGUUGGCGAUGCCGCUCGAGGAGCACCCGAGUACGGUGUUUAGAGAGGCGGGGAGGGAUAAGUGGGCUACUGUUAGGGUCGACGGGAAGGACUGGAGCAGGGUGUUGAGUGUGGGACGGCUGGAGGGGAGGGUUAUCGCUUGUUUUAGCGACGAGCACGCUUUGAUACUGUAUGUCUAUGUGCCGCAUUCUAGCGGUGGGGUGGGGGGUGGGGUGGGGGGGAUGGAGGAUGUUGUUACUUAUUACGUCUCGUCUUUUAGUUCGUAAAGAGAAUAGCAGCUGGAUGGGAUAUCGGGUAAUGAUUUGCAGCGCGGCGUUAUUUGCUGUCUAGGAUUGCUUGGGGGCGGACACAAUGGAAAAAGGCGUUAUUAAUAUCGAGAAUGGGAUAGACAGAUAGAUACCCCUUAGUAUGUAUGACAGCAAGACAGUAUUUGCCAUAAUAAAACAGAGAAUCCUGUGAAUCCC